CGUCAUUUCUCUGCGACUCCUUCUGCUAGUUAGCUCCAUGUGAGGAGCCUUCACCAAAGUCGUCCUUAAAAACAGCUUUAUUGUGGGAUGGUGACGCCAGCUGCUGCAUUGUGAGAAACCUCUCUCCUCUCCUACCUGCCUCCACAGUCUUGUCUCUCUGACCAAAUGGCCAGCCGCCUCUUGGGCAGAUAUGCCCGUCUGCUGGGCAGAGCCUCCUCCAAGACUCCAGCUGCUGUGGCUGUUGCCCGCCUGCCUCCGCCUGUGGCUGGGCCUGCAGAGGUGCAGAGGGCUCAGGGCUGGCCAUGGGUUGUAGAAAGGUCAAUGUGUGAGAGACAGACAGUUACCAAGGAAGAACAUGUUGUACACAUACCUACGGCCACACCGCUGGAUGAGUUGGUGGAAAAGGCAGCUGUGCCAGAGGACGUCCUGCUGGCCUGGGAAGAGCACGGACACUCUGGCAAUGAAGCUGCCAAUGCCCUGAGGACGUGGACUCAGUUAGAGCUAAAGACAAAGGGCUUGUCCAAGGAACGCCUGCCAAAACUAAUGACAGAUUCAAGACUACAGGAUAUGAUAAAUCUCAUAUCUCAGCAGGUGGCUUUGGUGUGGAAUGGCAAUCUUUUGGCUGUUUUGCGAGCUUUCUGGGUAAUGGGUGUGCCCCCUACUGAUCCAGCACUCAAUUCUAUCCAGACUGAGGUUCUCUGGCGAGUCCGCAGGCUAUCCUGCAAGCAUCUGGGCGUCCUGGUAGAUAUGGGAGCAAACAGGGAAGCACAGCAGGAUGUGGCAUUAGUGAAUGCUGCGAUUAAACAGCUGGAGCUACGCUGGACUGAAAUCGCUGAUGUCAGAACUAUCAGUGCACUGAUACACAAUGGACAUCUCAUGUCACCUACUUUGAGAGACAGACUUGAAGACAAGGCCUUGGAGCUCGCAGAGAGCUUCUCAGCAGAAGAGAUCCGCAAAGUCUGUGUAUCUUUGGCAGCUCAGGGCCGCAGAUCUGUCCCGCUGCUCAGAGCUUUGUCCUACUACCUUCUGCAGAAACAGUCAUCAGACUUCACAACUCCCCUAAUAUUGGACAUGGCUUUUGCAUACGGGAAGUUGAAUUUCAACCAUUCUCAGGUAUUUCAGCGAAUGGCUGCGGAGUUGUUACCCAGAGUCCCCGAGCUCAACUGUACUGACGUCACGCGCUGUGCUAAAUCAUUCGGCUUCCUCAAAUGGCUCCACAUUCCUCUGUUUGAGACCUUUGCCGAGCACUACACAGCAAACAGCCAGAAGUACAGCUCCUUUCAGCUCUGUAAUCUGCUCAUGACUUUUGCCAGACUGAACUUCCAUCCCAGCAAAGGAGAAGAGUUCUAUGGCAAGGUCCACCCUGUGCUGGAGAGCUGUCUCGCAGACCUGGAGCCCUUCUUGCAGACAGAUGUGGUUUGGUCUCUGUGUGUGCUGCAGCAGGCCAAGCCCAGCUAUCUCGUCCCACUCACAGAACAGAAACACAUCACCAAAUUGUCAAUGGGUAGUCGAACUCGAGUGGAGAACUAUCGCCUUAAGCAGCUCCACAUUGCUGCUACUCUCCGCUUAGAGCAUCCAGGUUCCUCAGAUACUCUAUCCUCCCCAAGUGACCUGCCUGCCCCAGUCAGAACUUCGCCCCUCACCCCGCUGCAGACCGGUCUAAGAAGGGCUUUAUCGAGUCUGGUGGGUGGGAGGACCGAGGCCCUUUGCACUGGGGUUGACACUGUUUAUGGAUGGACUAUUGAUGGUGAGCUGGUAGUGGAUUGUGACAACAAACCAGUUGACAUGUCGACGCUGAAAGCCCCUCAUCUUCCCAGCGGGCGAGGAGACCAGGCUUUACCUGCAGGGGCACAGCGGCUUGCUUUCUUGGCCUGGGAAUUUCCAAACUUUGGCUCAAAGAGUAGAGACCUUCUGGGACGGUUUGUCAUGAUGAAACGGCAUCUCCAGUUGGCCGGCUUCAUCAUAGUUGAGGUGCCCUAUUACGAGUGGCUGGAGCUGAAGACAGACUGGCAGAAACUGGCGUACCUGAAGGAUAAAAUAGGGAAGGCCGUGGCAGAGGACAUGGCCAAGUGAAGCAAUCAGUCACGGGAAAAUUUGCAGACUCAGCUAAAUCCGAGCUUUCCCAACCAAAUGAGACCACGGGGAAUACACACGCACACCCACGUUCACACUCAGAACUGAGCAGCAUUGCAGAAAAGCUCUCUCAUACUUUGUCAGGAUGAAAAAAAAAAAGAAAGAAAG